ACUGAAGUUGGUCAGUGUUCAGUGGAGGUUUGGUCAUGUCUGGACUUUUGGGCAUUCGAGUUCUGCUGCUGUGUGGCUGUGCCUGCCUUGCUCAAGGGGCACUUGUCAUCUCUCGACACCAUGCAGCUGCACAGGAGUCUGGAGGUGCUGCCAGAUCACUGCAGAAAAGAAGUACAAAUGAUGCAACGGUGGAGGUGUACAGCGUUACGGUGGACUGCACUGUCGCAUCUCGUUUUGCUCACACUGUCAUGACCUCCAAGGCUCUGAACAAAGCAAAUGUCUCACAGGAAGUUUUCUUUGAAGUGGAGCUGCCCAAGACUGCCUUCAUCACCAACUUCAGCAUGGAAAUUGAGGGACAGGUUUAUACCGGGGAGGUGAAGGAGAAAGAGAAAGCCAAGAAACAGUAUGAAAAAGCAGUUGCGUCGGGACAAACUGCAGGACUGGUCAAGGCUUCUGGAAGAAAGAUGGAGAAGUUCUCUGUGUCAGUCAACAUCGCAGCCAACAGUAACGUGACUUUCGUCCUGACCUAUGAGGAGCUCCUUCAGAGGAAUCUGGGCCAGUAUGAGGUUUUCACCCGGGUUAAACCCAAACAGCUUGUCAAGGAGUUUCAGAUUGUGGCAAAUAUCUACGAGCCCCAAGGCAUUGAAUUUGUUGAUGCCCAAGCAACCUUCCUCUCCAAUGAACUGCUCCCCCUGGUGGAGAAAACCGUCACCCACAAUAAGGCACAUAUCUCUUUCUCACCGACUCUGGACCAGCAGAGGAAAUGUCCAGGUUGUGAUGGCACACUGAUUGAUGGGGAUUUUGUCAUCAAGUAUGAUGUGAAGCGAGCUAAAACUCUGGGGGACAUUCAGAUUGUGAAUGGAUAUUUUGUACACUUCUUUGCUCCGUCUGACUUACCCAGAAUCCCAAAGAAUGUGGUGUUCGUCAUAGACAGGAGUGGCUCAAUGAGUGGAACAAAGAUGCGUCAGACCAGGGAGGCAAUGUUGGCCAUCCUUAAAGAUCUCCAUGAGGACGACCACUUUGCCCUCAUUCAGUUUGAUCAUAACAUCAAUGUCUGGAAGCAAUCUCUUAUGAAAGCAUCAAAGGACAAUGUGGUUGAGGCCUUGGCAUAUGUCAGAAACAUAAGGGACAAUGGAGCUACUGAUAUCAACGGUGCCGUGUUGAGAGGUGUGGAAAUGCUCAUAAAAGACAGGAAGGAGAAGAAGAUCCCAGAGAGAAGCAGUGAUAUGAUUAUUUUACUCACUGAUGGAAUGCCAAACUCUGGUGAGUUUCGCAUUGAUAAAAUCCAGGAGAAUGUACGGAACGCCAUCGGGGGCAAAAUGUCCUUGUUCUCUCUUGGAUUUGGAAACGAUGUGGAUUACUCUUUUCUGGAUGUGAUGAGCAAACAAAACAAGGGGCUGGCCCGCCGAAUCUAUGAGGCUUCAGAUGCUGCACUUCAACUCCAGGGGUUCUAUGACGAGGUUUCAAACCCUCUGCUUUUAGAGGUCGACCUGCGUUACCCUGAGAACGCAGUGGACUUUUUAACCACAAACCACUUCACUCAGUUGUUUAACGGCUCAGAGAUCGUGGUCGCUGGUCACUUGAGUGACAAUGACUUGGACAACUUCCUUGUAGAAGUGGUUGCUGUGGGGCCUGAAGAGAUCUUCCAGGUGCAGGGAAAGGCCAGCCCUCUGGACUGGAGUGUGACCUACCCUGAAGACAAAUACAUCUUUGGGGACUUUGCAGAGCGCCUGUGGGCUUACCUCACCAUCCAGCAGCUACUGGAGAAGAGCAAGAGUGACAGCCCAGAGGAGAAAGCAAAUGCCACAGCCAAAGCCCUGGAGAUGUCCCUGCGGUACAACUUUGUCACCCCUCUCACCUCUAUGGUCGUCACCAAACCUGAAACUGAGGAUGGCACAGACAGCCCUCUCAUUGCUGAUAAACUGACUGAAGAGCAACGACAACAGGCAGAUAGAAUGGCAGGUCGAGUUGGAUCCUAUCCAUCAUCCUAUCCAUCAUCCUAUCCAUCAUCCUAUCCAUCCUAUCAUUCUGCCCCAUCGGCACCCACAUAUUUUGUGGAUGGAGAUCCUCAUUUCAUGAUUGAGCUGCCGGACAGAGAAGACGCUCUGUGCUUCAACAUCAAUGACAAACCGGGCACCAUUUUUAACCUGGUCACAGACCCAAAAUCAGGUAUUUUGGUGAACGGCCGAACCAUCGGAGAUAAGAAAAUUCCUCCAGAUGGUCAAAUCAACACCUACUUUUCUCGUUUUGGCAUCAUCCACAAGACUCUGGGGGUGAGGCUGGAUGUGAGCACUGAGGAAAUCGCAGUGUUUCAGAACGACAAACGAGUCAAGCUGCUGUGGUCCGAUACAGUCUCUCUUAAAGGAACCAACGUGGAUCUUCUGUUGACCAAGGAUCGCAGCCUGACAGUAACUCUAAGAGAUUCUGUCAAGUUUGUCAUCCUGCUACACAAAGUGUGGGACAAGCACCCGUACCACAGGAACUACCUGGGUUUCUAUACUUUGGACACUCAUCUGCUGUCUUCCACUGUUCACGGCUUGCUAGGGCAGUUCUACCACGGCAUUGAAUACGAGGUGACAGACCUGCAUCCAGGAGAAGUCCCUGAGAAACCAGACGCCACCAUGUAUGUGAAAGGACAUGAGCUCAAUGUGACCAGAGGCUGGCAGAGAGAUUUCAGGAUGGACGUGAAGAACGGAGAGAAAGUUCCCUGCUGGUUCAUUCAUAGUAAUGGAACAGGUCUCAUCGACGGAGAGGCCUCAGACUACAUCGUGUCAGGCCUUUUUAAAUCCGUCUGAAAACAGCUCACAGAGUGUUUGUCACUGAACAUGGCAGACUCACAUUCAUGCAAUAAAUGUUCAGUUGUUUAAUUCAGCUGAUUAUGAAUUCACUGUUAUCAUGUACCAAAGGGAAAAAGGAUUGAUUCCAAACAUCCUGAAGACAUAAUUUCACGCAUCACUCA